AUGGCUGAUUCUGCCGAUCUCCCUGACCGCAAACCCCGCAAGUCGGUCCAAUUUUCCGAAGGUGCUACGAUUGUCGACAGCAACGGCGACGUUACCGAAUCACUAGAGAUGAACGGCGACAAGGACUCUGCUGAGGGCCACGCCGCGAGUGCUGGCGACGACAAAGAGGUCGAGGAGGUCACCGACAUGUUCGCUGAUCUCGCAAAGAAGAAGAAGAAGAAGUCCUCCAAGAAGAAGGAAGGCGAGGAAGAGGACGGCGCAGAGGGCGACUUCGCCGCGCUGAAGAAGAAGAAGAAGUCCAGCAAGAAGAAGGUCGAGGACGACUUCGAGGCCAAGCUCGCUGCCGCCGGCGGCGACAAGCCCGAAGGCGAGGAGGAGGUCGCUGCUCCUGAACCCGAAGUACAAGAAGGCGACAUGAUGAAGGGCACCGGCAUCUGGGAACACAACUCGACGACCCCCAUCUCGUACAACCUCCUCCUGAACCGCUUCUUCACGCUCCUCCACGCACAACAUCCCGACCUCGCCAGCUCGGGCACAAAGAGCUACAAGAUCCCGCCCCCACAGUGCAUGCGCGAAGGAAACAAGAAGACCGUCUUUGCCAACCUUGCUGAGAUUUGCAAGCGUAUGAAGCGUUCCGACGAGCACGUUGCUCAGUUCCUGUUCGCUGAAUUGGGUACGAGCGGUUCGUUCGCCGACCAGAAGCGCUUGGUCAUCAAGGGUCGUUUCCAGCAGAAGCAACUCGAGAACGUCCUCCGACGAUACAUUGUCGAAUAUGUCACCUGCAAGACCUGCCGCUCGCCCGAUACCGACCUCUCCAAGGGUGAGAACCGUCUCAACUUCGUCACCUGCAACAGCUGCGGAUCGAGACGUUCGGUACAGGCCAUCAAGACUGGUUUCUCGGCCCAGAUCGGAAAGAGGCGGAGAAUGGUGGGUUAA